AUGGGUGAGAGGAGGAGGGGGAGGGAGGUUAUUAGGGUUGUGGAUGAGGAUGAUUCUGAAGUAGGGUUGGAUGCGCGAGAUGUAGGGAGUUUAUCCUCCACGGCGCAAGUUCGAAAUCGACCUGUUACAGCUACAGCAGAAACAGAAACAAAAGGACCCUUCAAACUCCUCCUUCAAGACCACAAAGGAGUACAUGUAUAUGCAUUUACGACAUCGGAAACAUGUAAUGCGCAUCCGGGUUCGGUGCAGAAAAUUGCUCUGCCCCCGUGUAUGCAGAUGGGCUGUAAGAUGAUGUUAUUGCCUGGAACGAGGGUUUGUAGGGGUAUGGUGUGUAUAGAGGGGGAGACGUGUGUGGUGUUGGGGGGGAGGAUAGAGGGUUUGGAUAGGGAGUGGAGGGAGGGGUGGGAGGAGAGGGUUAGGGGGGAGGUGGAGAGGAUGAGAGGAUGA